ACUUUAAACGUCAAACGUGACAGCUGCUGUUGUCCCCGUAAAUGCCCGUGUAACCUUACGUGGCAUAAACGUUCAGUUUUCUCGUAUUUUUGUUGUGUUUUGAGGCAGUUUUUUCGCGAAAUAAUAAGUGAGUGAUGAAUCCGCAAUACCUGCCGCCCCAGCCGGGCAACUUUAACCCGCCGUCAAACGGUUACUCGCCGCGCAACACGAACCCCAAUUUGCCCCCUCAGAAAAACGGCCCCAGUCCCGGAUUAUUGGGAAACGCGAACUCCCCGGGGGUCCCGAACAUGCCCCCGGUCCCUGGCUACAAUCCCCAGGGCAUGCCACCCAAAACACUGCCCUUUAUGCCACCGAAAGGACCCACACAACAACCACCAUAUUUAGGUCAACCUGAGAGUGUAAACAACAAUUUAGGACCGCCCCAUGGCUAUGUAAACAAUGCUCCUCCAAAACCCGGACCUCCAGGUCAGUUUAACCCCAAUUUAGGCCCUCCUCAAGGCAACUUACCCCCACAAACUACUGGGCUAAAUCAACCUCAUAUAGCCCAAACACAACCUGGCAUGCCCCCAAUGCCUCAAAAACCUUCUGGUAUGCCUCCCAUGCCCCAAACACAACCUGGUAUGCCCCCAAUGCCCCAAAAACAACCUGGCAUGCCUCUAAUGCCCCAAACACAACCUGGUAUGCCCCCAAUGCCUCAGGCACAUCCAGGUAUGCCCCCAAUCCCUCAGUCACAACCGGGAAUGCCCCAAAACUAUCCGGGGAUGCCUCCAACACAACCUGGCAUAUCCUCAAGACAAAAUGAAAUGCCCCCAAUGAUGCCUCCUCCAGGUCCUGGGCAAUUUCCUCAGCAAAACAGGAUGCCCAUGGACCAGAUGUCUAAUCAGAUGCAAAAUAUGUCGUUGAGGGGUCCACCGGGACCGGGGUAUAUGGGGCAGCCUCCCGUGAGGCCCAUGCAUCAAGGGGCUCCGGGGUAUCCACAGCCCGGCAUGAAUUAUGGGCAGCCACAGCAGCAGCAGCAGCAGAAGAGGUUGGAUCCCGAUCAAAUGCCAAGUCCAAUUCAGGUCAUCCAAGAUGACCAAGCCACCAGGAGUGGGCUAUUUGUGACCAACCAGAAGGGGCUGGUGCCUCCCCUGGUGACCACCAAUUUCACAGUUCAGGAUCAGGGUAAUGCCAGCCCGAGGUUUAUGAGGUCCACCAUGUAUAAUGUCCCAAUUACACAAGACACCAUGAAGCAAACUGCGGUGCCCUUCAGCUUGGUCAUAAGCCCCAUGGCCAAGUUGGGUAAAGACGAGUUUGCCCCGCCGAUUGUCAAUUUUGGGGAGUUGGGGCCUGUGAGGUGUAUCAGAUGUAAGGCCUACAUGUGCCCUUACAUGCAAUUCAUCGACUCAGGACGUCGUUUCCAAUGUUUGUUCUGUAAAGCGACCGCGGACGUGCCUGCGGAAUAUUUCCAGCACCUGGACCACACCGGACAGCGCAUGGACAAAUACGAACGUCCCGAACUCGUCCUGGGAACGUACGAAUUCGUCGCGACCGCGGACUAUUGUCGUAAUAACACCCUCCCCAAGCCUCCCGCGAUCGUUUUCGUCAUAGACGUCUCUUAUAAUAACAUUAAGUCGGGUCUCGUUAAUUUACUGUGCGCGCGCAUGAAGGAGAUCAUCCAGAACCUCCCGGUGGACCAGAACAUGGAGAAGAGCAACAUGAAAGUCGGCUUCAUCACUUACAACAGCUCGGUCCAUUUUUAUAACAUCAAAGGGACAUUGGCGGGGCCCCAAAUGAUGGUCGUGGGUGAUACCCAGGAGAUGUUCAUGCCCUUAUUGGACGGGUUCUUGUGUACUCCUGAGGAGAGCGAGGCGGUCAUCGACGCCCUCAUGGAGCAGAUCCCCCAAAUGUUCCGGGACACCAAGGAGACGGAAAUCGUCCUUUUGCCGGCGAUCCAGGCAGGAUUGGAAGCCUUAAGGGCGUCGGAAACUGUCGGGAAGUUGCUGGUGUUCCACUCGUCGCUGCCUACGGCAGAGUGUCCCGGGAAGCUUAAGAACCGGGACGACCGCAAGUUGCUUGGGACGGACAAGGAGCGCACCGUAUUGACCCCCCAGACGCAGGCGUACAACCAGCUGGGACAGGACUGCGUGUCCGCCGGUUGCUCGGUUGAUUUGUUCGUGUUAAAUAAUUCUUUUAUCGAUUUGGCCACGAUCGGGCAAGUUUCCCGGCUCACCGGCGGGGACAUUUUCAAGUACACGUACUUCCAAGCGGAUAUCGACGGGGAUCGGUUGAUUAACGACGUCAUAAUGGAUAUAAGUCGCCCCGUUGCUUUCGACGGGGUGAUGCGCGUGAGGACGAGUACCGGGGUGCGCCCCACCGACUUUUAUGGAUACUUUUUCAUGUCGAACACCACCGACAUGGAGUUGGCCGCCAUCGAUUGCGACAAAGGGGUGGCAAUAGAGAUAAAACAUGACGAUAAGUUGAGCGAGGAGGAGGGGGUGUACGUGCAGGCGGCCCUACUGUACACCUCCUGCUCCGGACAGAGGCGUUUGCGCAUCAUGAACUUGUCGCUCAAGACCUGCUCCCAGAUGGCCGAUUUGUAUCGCAGCUGCGACCUGGACACUUUAAUCAACUAUUUAGCGAAGCAAGCGACUUUUAAACUGUUGGAGCACAAUCCCAAGCAGGUCAAAGAGAACUUGGUGAACCGGGCUGCGCAGAUCUUGGCCACUUACAGGAAACACUGCGCGACCCCCAGCAGCGCCGGUCAACUGAUCCUGCCCGAGUGCAUGAAACUUUUGCCCCUCUACGUCAGUUGUUUGUUAAAAAGCGACGCGAUUUCCGGAGGCAGUGACAUGACCAUUGACGAUCGCGCUUUCGCCAUGCAGAUGGUCCUCACGAUGGACGUCGGGACUUCCGUGAACUAUUUCUAUCCUCGUCUGGUGCCCGUGCACGAUUUGAAUCCGGAAAAAGUGGAAAUCCCGCCUCCGGUGCGUUGCACCUCGGAGAAAAUGUCCGAUCAAGGGGUGUAUCUGUUGGAGAACGGGGUGCAUAUGUUCUUGUGGUUGGGAGCGGGGGCCAGUGGGGAGUUCGUGCAGGGCGUCUUUGGAGUGCCCACGGCCCUGCAGGUGGAUGUCGAGAGGCCGCAUCUGCCCGAGCUGGAUAAUCCGUUGAGUGAGGCCUUGAGGAGGAUCGUGGAGGAGAUUAGGAGGGAGAGGCACAGGCAUAUGCGGCUCACGAUCGUGAGGCAACGGGAGAAGUUGGAGCCGGUGUUCAAGCACUUUUUGGUGGAGGAUCGCGGUACGGACGGGUCGGCGAGCUACGUCGAUUUCUUGUGUCAUAUGCAUAAAGAGAUUCGGAAUUUGUUGAGUUAGAGACUGUUCAUCGGGGGUUCAUCGUUUCUCAUUUUAGAGUAGGUCGUCUUUUAUCGUUUAAAAUGCAUUUAUCGGAUGAUUCUUUUUUUGUUUGAAGACGUCGGUAUGUUAUUUAUCGUUUUAAUUAUUUUUUUUUUAAUUAGUUUAGUCUGUUUUGUAUAUAUAUCCAUGCAACUUUCCAUACUAAUAUAUUUUUAUUUUCACUGA